UCCGAUCGUGACAACAAGAUUGAUAAGAUUAGGAAUGUCGGAUAUAUUUUCGAUAAUAGUCCUACUGUGACAGCCAUAUAAGGCAGGGACAUUGGUACAAAGUGUUUAAAAGACGGUUAGCCGGCGUUCGCCAUCGGCCAUUAUUCAUAUUUUAUAAGAUUCAUCCAGGAUGUCGAGAGUACUCUCGUUCGUCCUGCUCCUGGUCACGUGUAACGUGGCUUAUGGAGACGUAGCCUCCUCCCAGGCGGAGAUCAACUACAGACUGCCAAACGAUGUGUCCGUAAUAAAUUACGAACUCUCGAUGGAGCCAGACUUGACGAACUUUAUAUUUACUGGACAAGUGAAAAUCACGAUUAAAAUUCUGAAUGACAUCAACAGUUUGACCUUAAACGCGAAACAUUUGAAUGUGACGAAGGAAAACGUCACCGUGACAGCGGAAGAUCCAAAGGAUCCAGCAGUCACAGCGACUGAAGUGGAUCAUCAGGAAGAACCUGAAUUCUUGGUCAUCCACUUAAGCGGAAAGCCAGCCAAGACCAAAAAUUACAAUUUGCUCAUUAAAUUUACUGGUGAAUUACACAAUAACACGAAAGGAUUCUACAGGAGCAGAUACUUUGAUAAAGAUAAUAACGUGAAGUACAUCGCUACAACCCAUUUCGAACCGACAGGAGCACGAUGGGCAUUCCCAUGCUGGGACGAGCCUGAAUACAAGGCACCCUUCACAAUUACCAUAACCCAUUCGGACAAGUACACAGCGAUCGCGAAUACGCCUCUAGUUGGCGAACCGAAGAAAAUAGAAGGGAACAAACUGGUCAGUACUUUCGAGAAGAGCCCCCCAAUGUCCACUUAUCUGGUGGCAUUCGUAGUGUCUGACUACGAAUGUUUGGAAGGCAGUGACAAAUCGUUUAGAGUAUGCACCAAAUCACACGCGAAGGAACAUGGCAAGUAUGCUUUGGAGAUAGGCCAGAAGGUGAUUGGUAAAUUGAACGAGUAUACUGGUCUUAAUUAUACCUCCUACGUAAAGAAAAUGGACCAAGUUACUAUCAAAGAUUUCUCACCAUCUGCCAUGGAGAACUGGGGUCUCGUAACCUACAGGGAAACUUCUCUUCUGUACGAAGAAGGUGUUACCACAACUCGCAGCAAACAGAGCAUAGCCACCGUCAUAGCCCACGAAUUCGCCCAUCAAUGGUUUGGAAACCUUGUCAGUCCAAAAUGGUGGCAGUACAUUUGGCUGAACGAAGGAUUUGCCACUUACAUGCAAUACUUCAUCACUCAUGAAUUGAUACCAGAAUGGCGUCUAAACGAAACGUUCGUGGUGACCAACAUCCAAGGAAAUGCUUUCAUCGCCGAUGCGGUCCAAAAUGUCCGCCACAUGAACAAGGACGCUCAAAGUCCGAGCGAAAUUAGCAGUCUUUUCGACAGUAUCGGUUAUCAAAAAGCUGCAUCGGUUAUUCGAAUGAUGUCCCAUAUUUUGACCAACACGGUCUUCCAAAACGGACUCAAGGGCUAUCUAAACAAAUACCAGAAGACUGCUGCUACAUCGAACGAUCUUCUGGCAGCUCUUCAGAAUGCAGCGGGGGACAAAACAUGGGGUGGUGCCAAAUUCUCUGAGAUAAUGAACGAAUGGGUAAACAAACCAGGUUUUCCAGUUGUCAAUGUGAAAAAAGUCAAAGAUGGAGAAUUUGAAGUAAGCCAGAAGCGAUUCCUGUCGGACGGAUCGACGGACGAAACAAAAUGGUGGGUACCACUGACGUACACCCACAAAUCCGAGCUUGAGUUCAAGAACACCACGCCAGUUGCGUGGUUAAAGGCAAAUGGCGAUUCUGUGACUAUUAACAUUGACACUAAAGAAUGGAUUCUUUUCAACAAGUUACACUCAGGAUACUAUCGCGUCAACUAUGACGAGGAGAACUGGAAGAAAUUGGAUUCGUACUUGAAGACUAAUGACUAUGCCAACAUACCACCGAUAAACCGUGCUCAGCUGAUCGAUGAUGUAUUCAGUCUAGCCCAGGCAGACUAUCUGGAUUAUACAACCGCGUUGAGCCUCACAAAUUACCUUAAUAAGGAGGUCGAUUAUGUUCCUUGGUCAUCAACCAUCAGAAACUUGAACUUCUUGAACAACAUGAUGCGCAACUCUAAACGUUAUUAUAUAUUUAAGAAAUACAUCGAAUUUAUAACCAAAAAUGUGGUGAAGGAAGUAGGAUUUGAGGUGAAGAAAGAUGAGAGCGAACUUCAUAAGAUUCUUAGGACGGACUUAAUAAAAUGGGCCUGCAAAGCUGGCAUUGAAAAAUGCACGAAAUACACCACGGAGAAAUACAACUUAUGGUUUGAAGAUUCCACCAAAAAUAGGCUGGACGUUGAUUUGAGAAACACCAUUCUCUGUGCUGGAGUAAGAAACGUUGACUUUGACAAAUGGAAGAAAACUCUGGACAAACUGUUGGAGUCAGCGAAGGACGAAGACGAAAAGAGAUCACUGAUGCUCAACGUUCCAGGCUGCUCUAAUUCGGUAGAGGUUUUGAAGAAGUAUCUGAACUUAACACUCGAGGAAAAUCCUCCGGUGAGCUUCGACGUCGCGGUACAAGGCAUUGUGUCCGAGCAUGCAGAUGGUGUUAACAUCACUCUGGAGACGCUUCUCACACAACAGGAGCGGAUAAAGAAAUUGCCCAAUGUGGAUAGUGUGAUCAGAACGUCCGUCCAAGCCAUUGCAAACUACAUUAAAACCCGUGAUGAAUACGUGGAGCUAAGUAAAUUCGUGGCCAAGGAAUUAGAGGCUAAACAUGUGCAGGAUAUGGUAUUGAAAGCAUCGAAGAAUAUGAAGUGGCUUGAAUCUAAUGAAGAAGUGAUUGAAAAGUGGUUGCUCAGUAACGAGAAUCUAUUCAACAGUGCCACAUCUCUAACGUUCGCGUCUCUCCUCGUUCUUUUGUCAAUAUUUAUUACACGAUUCUACUAAGAAAUUUAUCAUUAUUCUAGCGUCGAUUAAUUGUUCAUUUACACUGAUUGUGUUGUAAGAAUCGCAGGAUAUUUAUUUGUAAACAAAAUUCUACAGUACU